AUGUUUAGCAAGGAAGCAAGCAAUUCGCGUGACGGUCGUGAAAGCCGCCGUGGUUUUCGCGACGAACGGUACGUGUGUGGGAGGGGUACUAAUGCGGUCGCGUGUCCGCCGGCCAGCGCCGGAAGCUCAUCAGGGUCGCAUCUCCGCCGGGAGUUGCCGAUCCUGCCGGAGCUGACGGAGGAGGAGGCCGAAGUGUUCGGCACGGACGAGCGUAACUACCGGAAAUUCUCGCGCCUGGACGACAUUUUGGUGCGCGUGAACGGGGAGGACUUACCGCCUUACCUGGAGUGCGGAUUCGGCCAGUGCAGUUUCGACGAAGCGUUGCGCCAGAAUAUGCACAAGGCGGGAGUGUUCUGGCCAUCGCCGGUGCAGCGGUACGCCAUACCGGGACUGCUGGCCGGGCGCGAUCUGUACGUGGUGUCUGAGACCAAUGCCGGCAAGAUCGCCGCCUUCGUGCUGCCGAUGGUCCAGCUAGUGCUCGCCCAGGAGGUUCUGGAGCUGACGGCGCCCCAGCCCUACGUUAUCAUCGUCACGCCGACGCGCCGAACCGCCGCCAAAACGUACGCCGAGGCGCGCAAGUUCGCCUACGGUACGCCGGUGAAGGUGUGCGUGGUCGAUAGUACCUUUGUGGACCAGCAGCGCGAGAUCGCCAGCGGGUGCCACAUUCUGGUGGUGACUCCUGGAUGGCUGAUACACCUGAAGACCAUCGGUACAGUCGCGUUCCGCAACGUGAAGGCUGUGGUGCUGCACGAGGCAGACCAGAUCAUCCAGCUCGGCCUCCGUACGGCGAUCGAGUUCCUGAUGAAUGACCCGACGCUGCCGGCGAACCGCCAGACGGUAAUCUAUUCGCUCUCCAUGAACGGCUUGGUCCACGAUCUGGCAGUGGAGUACCUGACCCGCCCGAUCUCGGUGAUCGUGAAGGUCGUCGGCGGGACGUCGCAGGACAUCCUGCAGACCAUCCACCGGGUGGAGCAGUCGGAAAAGCGCUCCAAGCUGGAAGAGAUCCUGCGUGGGGGCCCCAUCUGCAGCACGCUCGUGUUCGUCCUGGACCGGCAGAGUGCGGAGUUGCUGGUGGCACACCUCUCGGACAACCUGAACAUCCCGACCGCCUUCAUCUUCGACGGUAUGACACUCCCCGACCAGCAGAAGCUCAUCAGGGAGCUCAAGGCGGGCCGCAAGAUGGUGGCAGUUGCCACGCCGGACGCGAUCGAUGGACCGCUCAAGAUCCCCAUCUAUCACGUCAUCAACUACGACAUGCCGAAGAACAUCGGCGAGUACGUGAGCUGCAUCGCCCAGACCGGACGCUUCGACCGGAAGGGACGCGCCACCAGCUUCUACGAUCCACGCACCGAUCGCGCCAUCGCCGAGGAUCUGAUGAAGAUUCUGUUCCAAUGCGAGCAGAAAGUGCCCGACUUCCUGCUCGAAACCGAACCCGUUGCCGCCGGAAGCUCGAUCGCGGGCUCUUCCGGCCUGACGGUGUCGGUCGAGGUCGCUGAAGGGCAGCGCAAACCCAAGAAGGCGGUGACGUGGGAAGACGACCACUCGGACGACGACGACGACGACGAACUCAUCGAUGUGGUGAACUAG